GCUUUAUUUACCUAUUCUAAAUUUCUGAGGAUAUUUGGCUCACGAUGACACUAAAGUUCUCCCACAAGCAGCUUCAAUGCUUCGUUUUUCUUCUCUUGAUCUCCUCUGCAACUUCAUUGACCUUUGAUUUCCCUAGUUUCAGUAGCAAUGAUACCAACACAGUAUUUCUAGAGGGAGACGCUUAUAUCCGCAACCAAUCCAUCAACCUCUGCAUCAUAAACACAACCGGUAGCAGCAUUGGUCGAGCCAGUUACAGUGAACCCUUCCUCCUCCGAGAAAACAGCACCGGAAAACUGGCCGACUUCACCACAAACUUCACAUUCAACAUCGAACUGCCAAACAAAACAAGAUAUGCAGAUGGGAUGGUUUUCUUCCUCGCACCAAACGGAUCCAAGCUCAACCGCAAACAAGGAGGUGGAGGCAGUCUCGGCCUCCCCUUCGACGACCCCAUCACAGCAGCCUCAAAGAAUGCGUUCGCCUUUGUCGCCGUGGAGUUCGAUAUCUAUUACAAUCCUGAGUAUUCCAUAGAGGAUCCAGCCUACCCUCAUCUGGGUAUCGACGUCAAUACUCUCAAGUCAAACGUGACAGCACCUUGGAAUGGAAGUCUUCCGGAUGGAAGAAACAAUAGUGCUUGGAUCAGUUAUAGUUCUGGCACCAAAAAUCUUAGUGUUUCCUUCACUAAUUAUGUGAAUGGUACCCAAGAGAUUAAUUACCUCAGUUACACGGUUGAUCUCAAUCAAUACUUACCUGAUUCAGUCAUUGUUGGGUUCUCCGCUGCCACUGGUGUUCGUAUUGCUCUACCCAAGAUACAUUCAUGGAGUUUUAGUUCUUCAUUAGUCCUCCCACCGCCAAGAGUCGGUACUAAUCCCAAGUCAGGAAAGAACAAAAUAGGACUAGCGGUGGGGUUGAGUGUUGGUGGAGGUGCUAUCUUGGUAAGCGGGUUAGGGUUGAUUUGGUUGUUCAUGGGCAAGAAGAGGGGAGGAGGAGAAGGAAGUGAUGAGGAUCUCGUACUUCGCCACUUCAUUGAUGAGGAGUUUGAAAGAGGAACAGGUCCACGGAAGUUUUCCUACAAUGAGUUGGCCCAAGCGACCAAUAAUUUUGAGGAGGGAGGGAAGCUUGCAGAGGGAGGGUUUGGUGGUGUAUACAGAGGCUUCAUAAAAGACUUGAAUUCCUAUGUUGCUGUCAAGAAGAUAUCAAGUGGGUCUAAACAAGGACUGAAGGAGUAUGCGGCAGAAGUAAAGAGCAUAAGUCGACUUAGGCAUCGGAAUCUAGUGCAACUCAUUGGUUGGUGCCACGAGAAGAAACUCCUACUCGUCUACGAACUUAUGCCUAAUGGUAGCUUAGAUUCACAUUUGUUCAAAGAAAAAAGCUUGUUACAUUGGGAUGUACGGUACAAAAUUGCACAAGGCUUGGCCUCGGGGCUGCUCUAUCUACAUGAUGAAUGGGAACAAUGUGUACUGCACAGGGAUAUUAAAUCCAGCAAUGUUAUGUUGGAUUCAAAUUUCAAGGCGAAACUUGGGGAUUUCGGACUAGCUCGACUUGUGGACCACGGGCAACAAUCACAAACAACAAUUGUAGCAGGAACCAGGGGAUACAUGGCUCUCGAAUACGUUGUAUCAGGAAAGGCGAGCAAGCAAUCAGAUGUGUACAGCUUCGGAAUUGUUGCUUUAGAAAUAGCAUGCGGGAGAAAACCCAUCGAUCUAAGUUUGGAAAGUAGUCAAGUCGAUAUGGUGGAGUGGGUUUGGGAGCUUUAUGGUGAAGCGAAAGUCAUUGAAGCAGCCGAUCCAAAAUUGGGUGGAGAUUUUGAUGAGAAACAAAUGGAGUGCUUAAUGAUUGUUGGAUUGUGGUGUGCUCAUCCGGAUUAUAAUUUUAGACCUUCAAUACAACAAGCGAUACAAGUGCUUAACUUCGAAGUUCCACUGCCGAGUCUUCCAUUAAAUAUGCCAGUGUCAACAUUUCUCGCUCAUCCAGUACCUCCAAUGUUCUCCAGUGCUGAUAAUACAUGUUCUGAAAUGGGCCAGAAUUAUGAGUCUUCAGGCAAUACUAAUAGCAUGAAUUCCUCAAUGGGCACAGUGUCUUCUACCUCAAAUUCCCAUACAUCGGCAUCGCUUUCUUAAGCGCAUACUAGUCGAUAUUUUUACUUCCUCGGUUUUUCCUAUUAAGGUUGCUGGCUUACAUCGUGUCUAUGCUCUCAUGCAUCUUUUGACCCCUUCGUCGAUCACGUACUGUAAUGUUCUCGAGCUCCUGCGUACUAAUUAAAACUCAAAUUGAGGCAAGUGUUUACACAUAUCUUUAAUUAGCUAGCACAAGGAGUUAGAGUCGUCUAGAUUCUUGAGAUGUUUAUGUCUUAAUCUUGUGCAUAAAUUGGUUUUGGCUGGUGA